AUGGGAGAAGAGGAGAAGAAUACUACCAGCGUCGUUGGUGGUGAACCAGUCAUCCAACCCACUCCCUCGCAGAUUGAAAAUGAUUCGCCCCAAAAGCCCACAAAGCUCCGUCAGGCAUUCAUCGUUGCUGCAGGCUUCAUGACAAUGUUCAUGACCUGCGCGAUCAUCUUCUCCUAUGGUGUCUACCAAGCCAUCUAUGAAGAAAUGGCCAAAGAUGCCUCCUCAGUCUUUGCGGGGACCUCAUCUUCAAUCCUCAGUCUAAUCGGCACCCUAUCCAUCGCAAUAAUGUCCAUGGGCGGUCCCUUCGUCAUGACCUGGGCAAAACUCUACGGCCCACAGCCUGUCAUCAUGACCGGCGGUCUCGUCUUCGGCCUCGGGUGCAUCCUCGCCAGUCUGAGUCAGUAUGUCUGGGAAUUCGCGCUGACACAAGGCCUGCUCGUUGGUUUGGGGACGUGCAUGGCAUACGUCCCUACCAUGUCCGUCGUUCCGACCUGGUUUGACAAACGCCGCGGGUUGGCUAUGGGCAUUGUUAUCUCUGGGUCUGCUUGUGGGGGUAUGAUUUGGCCGCCUGUGCUGCGGGCUAUUACCUCGCACAUUGGAUUCCGGAACGCGUUACGAAUUUCCGGGUGUUUGGUCAUUUUCUUCGUACCUUUGUCUGGCUGCACACUGGGCUGGGAGCCUCAGUUCAAGAAAAAGCUUGCUGACCAGGUAGCUGGGUUGUCGAAGACGACCGGAUGGAUCAAGGUGCCCCUGAUUGACUGGAAAGUGGCGAAGACCAAGAAAUUCGUCGCACAAGCUCUGGGGUGUUUUCUUCAAUCUGCGGGAUACUCCACACCUCUGUUCUUCUAUGCAGCUUAUGCACAGGCUCUGGGCUACAGCAGCAGCAUGGCAGAUAAUUUUAUCACAAUCAGCAAUGCGGCUAAUUUCGUUUCUCGAAUUCUGAUCGGAUAUGCAGCUGAUAAAUUCGGUCGACUGAAUGUGCUCUUCUUGACGACUAUCAUCAGCUCGGUAGUUGUGCUUGCAUUCUGGUUACCUUCAACAUUUGUCGAUGAUACCGUGCCUCAUUCUGCCGCCAAUGUCCUAUUCAUCAUCUUCGCGAUAUCAUACGGCUCCUUCGCUGCUGCGUAUAUCUCGCUGUUCCCUGCUAGCUUGAUCGAACUUUUUGGCGUUCAGCAUUUUACUUCGGUCAAUGGGGCGCUGUAUCUUGUUCGAGGUAUCGGUGCGUUGCUAGGGACUCCCUUGACGGGAUUGUUGUUGUCCAGUCAGUCGGCGUUAACUGAUCCCUCGAACUACGAGAUGGCUACGAUCACCGUGGGAGUUCUGCUUUUUGCUGCGAGCAUGGCAACCCUUUGGGUGAGAAUCGAAGGUUCCUCGGGGAAAGGUUGGAAGUGGAAAUUAUGA